AUGGAGAAGUGUCCAAACGAACUGAUUGGCCUCUUCCUCGAGGAUUCUUCCUUGAAUAAUGAGGACCUCGCUAAUUGUGCCCUCGUCUCGCGAAGGUUCCGAAUUAUUGCUGACCGCGUUCUCUAUCGCACAUUACCAAUUGCAAUUGACAUCGACCCAAUCCCAUAUCUUGAUGACGAUAUGGAACCAACCGCUCCAGAUUCUAGUACAGUAACCAAAUUCAGAAAAAUGAUACAGGUUUUCAAGAAGAAGGGGAGCUAUGUCCGUAAUCUAUCAUACAACCACACAUCCGCCCAGGCCCUCGAUCUUGGCUCCGAUGAAAAUUUAUUCAAAGAUCAUUUCGUUUUCUUCAAUCGAAUCCAGAGACUCGCGCUGUAUACAUUCGGCGACGGAGCACAGUAUUUCUCAUGGUUUGAGAUUCUUAAGGGCAUCAGUGGAAUUCUUGUUUCAAAUCCAAACCUCAAGGAACUGGUGGUUGUACACAAGCCCAGCGCUGAGGAACUGUCACAGGAGAUGGAUUUGGAUUGUAUCCAUGAGAUUCUACGACAAGGGACUGUGGUACAGCUCACAUUACUCACGGUCCAGUUCAUUCUCAAGGGAUGGGCCCACGAGGCACGAGGCGACUCUUGGAACUUAACUGAUAGUUUUAUGACCAUGCUUGACGGUUGCACCGAUGAUAUCAUGCAUUUUCUGUUCGAUUAUGUCGUUCCACCAGAUGGAACCCAAGCGGGGGAGCAAACAGGUACUCGACGAAGACUUUGGAGUCUCCCUAGCUUAAAGAAUUUGGGGAUCAAUUUCGUUGGGAAAGAGGUUGCGCCGUUGUCGGAUAUUCUUGAUCUGGAGACCCUAGGGAGUGUAGAGGCAUUCCAUUUUCUCAGCCCUUUACGUCAAGAUCUCGAAGAGCUUGCUGAUAAUCUUUCCUCGCUCGUCCAAGUCAAGGAAAUGCAUAUUCACGUUCUCAACAUUAAUAACUGGGUACCUCCGUUCCUUCUAUCCGGCGAAGCUAUGCCAUCAUACAAUAGGGAGGGUUGCCGCAUGGUAACGGAAUUGCUAAUCAUGGCAUUGAAAGAGCUAAACUCAGUCACCUAUGCUGUAGAGCUUCCAGCUCGCGAAGGGGUUUUGCUAUUAGCUUAUCUUGUCGAGCGCGUCCCAAAACAAGUCUUUGAGAGCUUUGAAUUGCCAGCCUAUGCUCUGGCUGUUGACUUCUGGGGCUGGACUACGGACGAUAUUGGGUAUCUUGGGAUCGGGCAUCAUAUACCCUAA